AUGGCUUACCUCCAAAGCAAUGGGCAGGUCGAAGUGGACAAUCGAGAGAUCCUGUGGAUUCUCCGAGUUUGGCUCGACCACGUCGGGGGCAGCUGGGUGGACGUACUUCCAGGCGUAUUGUGGGCAAUCCGAAUGACGCCAAAGGAGGGGAUGUGUGUCACGCCUUUCCACUUGGUAUAUGGGGGCGAGGCGGUCAUUCCCGUUAAGGUCGACAUAGAAUCUGACUGGUUGCAACAGUACAAUGAGGACAACAUCAAGCGGAGACAACUUGAGCUUGACUUGGUGGAUGAGGCUCGCGUCAAGGCAGCCACUCAACUGACGGCCUAUCGGCAAAGAAUGAGGCAAAGCUACAACCGGCGCGUGAUCCACCCAGCCUUUCAGGUCGGCGACCUUAGGAGGAAGACGGACGACAACUGGAACAUCCAUGGAGUGCAAACCAUCUCCAGCCGUACCGAGCUGGGUGAAAGGGUUAAAAUUCAGAAGCAAAGGAUUGCAAAAUCAGAGCUGAACCGGCGGCUAUAA